CUCACCAAUAACUAUCCCGCCCACACGCGCGUCGUGCACUACGCCACCGGCGGCGUCUGCUCGCUGGCCUACGCCGUCUCGCAGCGGGGCGCUCGCCGCCUACUCUACGAACUCGGCGUUAACAAGUUCUCCUUAAACCUAGAUAUUAUGCUGCGCGAGUUCUACACUGGGGCGAAUAGGCGUGUGCAUAGGACAUAUUUAACUGUGCAGCCACAGUUGUUCCAGCACUAUUAG